AUGUCGAAUUCUACGCCGGAAUUCCUUCGAUUUACAGGACACCGGUCCUUUACGCAGCGUUUGACUCUGUCUACGCUCACCGGUCGACCGAUUCACAUCUCCAAGAUCCGAAGCUCGUCGCCUACGAAUCCUGGUCUCUCUCCCCAUGAGAUUUCCUUCUUGCGCCUCCUCGAGGCUGUCACCAAUGGCAGCUCGAUGCAGAUCUCCUACACUGGUACUACCAUAACAUUUCACCCAGGUCUGAUCACCGGAACCAUCGCCGGCUUUGGAGCUUCUGAUGGCGAUGUUAUUGAGCACAACAUCUCUAUGAACAACACCCGCGGUAUUACCUACUUCCUUAUGCCUUUGUGUCUACUGGCACCAUUCUCCAAAGCGCACAUGAACGUUCGGUUCACCGGCCCUGGAGUCAUCACAUCAUCCACCGAGACUGGCGACAUCUCGGUCGAUUCCUUCCGAACAGCUAUUCUUCCUCUUUUCGCCCUCUAUGGAAUUCCUCCCGCCCGUAUCGAACUCAGAGUACUUCAACGAUCUUGUGCUGGACCUGGUGGAAAGGGCGGCGGUGGUUGCGUCGAGCUUCGAUUCGCUAGUCAAGUGCGACUACCAAAGACCCUGCAUCUUAACCGAAGCCCUGGUCGCAUAAAGCGCAUUCGUGGUGUCGCAUACUGCACUGGAGUAUCUGCUUCUAACAACGCCCGUAUGAUCCACUCAGCGCGUGAGGUCCUCAACCCCCUGGUACCUGAUAUCCAUAUCGCUGCACAGUACGACCAGGCACCCCUUGUGCCCUCAGGCGACAAGGCAGGAAGCAAGAGACGUCUAGGAAUUGGUUUUGGUCUGAGCUUGGUCGCUGAGUCAAGCGCCGUUGGUGUCCUAUACUCGGCAGAUGUCGUUGUUCCGUCUUCUGGUGGUGUUGUCCCUGAGGACAUUGGAAAGCAAUGCGCAUACCAACUUCUAGAGAAUAUCUCUCAAGGCGGAUGCGCUACACAGGUUUCGGCAAAGACGAUGCUUAUUCUUAUGGCCAUGGGAUCAGAGGAUGUUGGCCGUCUCAGAAUCGGGCGAGAUGUGCUUGGAAAUGAAGAGAUGGUUAUUCUUGCAAGAGACUUGAAGACGUUUGGCGCAAGCAGCUGGGGACUGAGAGAUGUUGGAGACGACACGAAUGAUAUCAUUGUUUCUGUUAAGGGUACUGGCGUUGGCAAUGUCGGAAGAAAGAUAGCGUAA